CAUUCAUACAUUCAAUGUUAGCGUUGAGUGAAUUGUAAUGCAGUUUUCAUUCAGUGUUUUGUUUGACAAUUUGUCCCACAAUUUGAUUGUUUCAAUGCUUUGAUGUGUUUCUAAAUGACAGCAAACAUGAGUGAGAAGUGUGUGAAGAAGUUAGUAAUCGUUGGACACGACCUCUCACUGCAACCCAUCGUCGAGACGGCGGCGAAGCACUUUAAUAUUGAGAUCCAAUUGUACGACGAGUCAAAAGAUGAGUGUUUUGAGAGUUUGGACAAAGAGUCGGUUCUAUAUGUUUGCGACACUUUUAGUGGACAUAUAUUUGAUGAGUUGAUGAAACACAAGAAACACAUCAUUAGUCCCAUUGUUUUGCAACAAUGCGUCGAUCAAAAUACUCCUUUGCCUCAACCAAAGUAUCCGUUGUAUAACUAUUUUCUUAAGGACGCCAUCAUCUGCUUCUCUCCCACUACUAAAGAUGAAACCGAAAUGGUUAACCAUUUCUUGAAUAGAAUCCGUUUUAUGAGCGGUCAGAGCAGGAAAGACAUGAAGAGUGGAAAGUCUUUCGACAGAACCCAUUUGAUUGAGAGCCGAACCGAUACUAAUAAUUACAGAUGUGCUGUUAUUUACGGAAUUCCAAUACUUUUCAAAGAAUGGAUUGAAGAGUUGUGGCAACACAGGAAUGACUCGCACUUUGAUCCCAAUGACAUGAAUCUAAUUAAUAAGUUUAAGAUAAAAGCGUUUCAUGGCUUGGGUUUGGCUUUCGUUGGAUUCUCGAAAGAAAAGCCGUUAGAAGUGAAUGAAAGGGAAGAGAUGGAAAUUUUGACCAAAGCAUUUGAUGGUCAAGUGGUUGACCCCUACUCUAACAGCUGUACACAUAUUAUAUUGAAUGCCAACAAAGGCGAUAAAAUCGACAUUAAUUUUGAUCAAUACGAGAGAAUACCUGAUAAUGUCGUCUAUAAAAACUGGUUCACAGAAUCGGUUCACAUUAAGAACCGCGAAGAAGAGGAAAUCCACCACUACUUUUCACAAAAAUUGCGAGAACUUUGUCGAACUCCUUCUACGUGUGGCAAGUCUUCUGUCAAUGGUUUGGGUGUAUUGAGUCCUGACUACGACAUAUCCUUCUCUUUGGACUCAUCUGUUUCGAAAUCGAAAUUAGAUGCCGAUCUGAAGGCAUUGGACCAAAAGUCCAAAUCACACACUUAUCACGUCUGUUAUGAAUUGUGUGAAAAUGAGGCCAAUUAUGUCAAGAUUUUAAAAGCCAUCCUUUCGAUAUUUAGAGAACCGCUCAUAAACCACAGCGAACCACAACUAUUGCCCAAUGAUAUUGAAUUGAAGACAAUAUUUGGUUGUUUGCCGCCACUCAUCGAAGUUCACGAACAAAUUCUUAAAAAGCUAGAAAAUAUUAUCCAAAACUGGAGCGAAGAUAACGAAAUCGGCAAAGUUUUUGUUGAACACGUAUCGCAAACAGACAAACAAUGUGGACGACAAACUUUAAAGGAAUUGCUUAUAAACCCAAUACAACGGUUGCCAAGAAUCGAACUUUGCUUGAAAGCAUUACUCGACAAAACGCCAGAAACAAAAUCCGAUUACAAAUCACUGAAAGAAGCGCUGAAUACUAUCGUCGAAGUGAAUAAGCGAAUAAAUAAGGGAAAGGAGAAAACUGAGGGUCAGAUGAAAAUGUUUGAUAUCAUAAAUGACAUCGAGGACUGUCCGCCAACUCUACUGUCCUCUCAUCGCCAGUUCAUCGCCAAUUGUGACGUUCGUCUCCUAAUCCUAAACGAAGCAAAAGAAAUCACCAAAUUUGAUAACUAUUUGUUUACAUGUAUUUUGUUCAAUGAUUUGCUUAUGUUAUGCAAAAAGCGAACGCUUAAGCGAACCAAUUCAUUGACACAGAAGGGAUCAACUAAUUAUCCAAAUUCUGCUGGAAUUAAGAAGAAUUCAUCGAAGAAAUCGUUUAAACACAUCGAGACUAUAGAAUUGUCGAGAAUUAAAUAUAUAGUGAAUGACAAAUCCGAUGAAUUUUCCAAUUGUUUUGCAAUUAUAACAAUUCCAUUGGCAAACGAACGGUCAUUCUCUGCCUAUCCAUUUGAGGUGAAAACACCAGAAUUUGAUAAACACAACUUCAUGGAUCACAUCACACAAACCAUAUUACAACUUAUGCCAGACUUCUCUCAAGAGAAUAUAAUACGAGAACAGUCUUUCAGGGAAUUAGACUUCGCCUGUUCUAACGUAAUCGCCCGAAACGUCAGCAAAUCCAAAUAUGCCAUUUAUAGGACUAAAGAGAAAAUCAACCGAACGUUUUCAGUGCGAAGACAAUCACUGGCACCGGCCAUGUCUUUGGAGUCAUUACAUGUGCCUCCACUUCAGUCAUCACUUCCGCCGUCGUCUCCAUCGACGGGUCGACGGAUAUCUCGUAUGUUUUCCGGUUUUCUGAGCCCUAAAACGCUUCCGAAUCGCAAUUCGAACCGAUAUUUAAGUUCAAUGACUUCAAUGACAAGCCUUAACGAAAACUCAGACAUUGAGAUUGACUCCAACUUCAGUCUUCCCACGACUCCCGCACCGCGAAAGAAGAACAAGUGCUCAACAAAUACUGAACACAUUUUGGAAAUUUAAUACAUUUUUUAGAUUAAUUUUGUAAAAUAUUUUCAUUCUUUUUUAUACGAUAUUUCAUAAUAUUUUCUGUAAAUUUUCGCACAUUUUUCUAAAAGCCAUUCAUUCUUAUAAGAUCUAUAUUUUCUAUGCAUUAUUUACUCGAUAAACAUUUUUUAUAUAUUAUAUAAAUACAAAUGAUUUAAAUGAAGGAAUCAAUGACACAAAUAUUUGCCAAAUUCUUUCAUAAAAUAAAAAUGUAGUCAAAAUUGCUAUCAUUUUAUAAUAAAUUGAUGAGUUGUUGAAAAAAUUGA